CGGCUCGAGCCGGUAGGGUAUAAAGAGCUGUCAGAACUGUGUGGAAAGAAGGAAACGGUUGAUUUACUGAACAGAAGACACAGAUGUGUUUUAGGCCUACAAGAAAGAGAGGACAGAUACAGUAACCAGGGAAACAUAAUAAGCUAUGAUUCUCCUUGUGGAUCGGACAAGAGGACAUUUUUAUAUCAGGCUUAAAAAUAUGUUGCUUUAGUCCAGAACAUCUAAUCGUCUGGUCGGAAGCGGAAGAGACAGAGCUGGUAGACUAACGUUAUAGGGAGAACAUAGAAAUAACAGACCGGUAAACUAGCUGCUCAUUUUGCAAUUAAAACCUGUCCAUUAUAUUCGACAGUCGACUAUUCUGUGUCGAUCACCUUUCCGACUAGACUGAUCGUUGCUCUGUUGGUGCUGAGACCCAGCCAUGCGGGGGUUAAAGUCAGCGGUGCGGGGGCCCGGGGGGUGCGGGGGUCCGUGUGUGUACGAGGCGGUGCCAGACGGGGGCUGGGGCUGGGCGGUGGCAGUGGCCUUCUUCUUCGUUGAGGUGUUUACCUUCGGGACCAUCAAGUCUCUGGGGGUGUUCCUCCAGGACCUCAUGACAGAGUUUGGAGAGAGCAACAGCAGAGUAUCCUGGGUCAUCGCAAUCUGCAUCUUCAUCCUUACAUUCACAGCCCCUCUGUCCACGGUGCUCAGUAACCGGUUCGGUUACCGUCCUGUAGUGAUGUUGGGGGGUUCUCUGAUCAGUGUGGGAACCAUCAGCUCUGCCUUCGUCUCCUCCAUCUACGAGAUGUACGUCACCCUCGGCAUCGUCUCGGGUCUGGGGUACUGCCUGGCCUUCCUCCCCACUGUCACCCUGCUGUCUCAGUACUUCAACAGAAGGAGAUCCCUGGUCAUCGCCCUGGCCUCCUCAGGGGAGUCCUUUGCCAUGUUUGCCUUUGCACCAGCCUUCAUGGCCUUGAAGGAGGUAAUCGGCUGGCGCCACUGCCUCAUCGUCAUCGGCAUCAUGCAGACCUCCGUGAUUGGCUGCGGCGCUCUGCUUCGACCAAUAAUCAUCAGGCAUAACCAGGAAGUGUCAUUGGAGUUGUCCAAUAAGAGGAAGCUGUCCGUUAAGCUGCAGACGGUCUACGAGCUGGAGAAUGAGGAUACCCAGACCAACGUUAGCUCCGGGGAGUCUGAGGAGUCAGGGGAUUCUGGGGUCACCUCUCUGUCCGCAUCAAGUGCUGACCUCCGGGCCACCACAGCCACACAGGACCCCUCUGAGACCUGGGCCCUCAUGGAGGACCAGGGGGAGAAGAACCAGGGGGGACAGACAACCCUUGGAACCCCACUGAAGCAGCUGGAGGCUGGGGAGAAAGAGCAGGGUGAGGUGGGUCCCCUGGUCCAACCCGCCAGACCUAAACUCUUAGACUUCUCGGUGUUAAAAGAUGGAGCGUUCAUCUGCUACUCUCUGUUCGGCCUCUUCGCCACGCUGGGGUUCUUCGCCCCUUCGCUUUACAUCAUAGAGCUCAGUAAGAGCCGUGGCGUCCACACCGAAAAGGCUGCCUACAUGCUCUCCGUAAUGGCGGUGUCUGAGGUCUGCGGGCGCCUGUCCAUCGGGGUCAUUUUAAACAAGGUGCGGAUGCGUAAGACCCAGGUGCUUCUGGGAUGUGUAGUUCUGCUGUGUCUGGUGCUGUUAGUCUUCACCCUGGUGACUGAGUUCUGGGGCCUGGCAGCCUGCUGCUGUCUCUAUGGCUUCCUGAUGGGCACUGUGGGCUCUACACACAUCCCCAUGCUGGCAGAGGACGACGUGGUGGGCAUAGAGAGGAUGCCCUCGUCCGUGGGGGUCUAUGUGUGUAUACAGAGCUUUGCUGGGCUGGCCGGACCACCGCUGGGAGGCCUGUUGGUGGAUAUGACCCAGAACUACGGCUCAGCCUUCUACUCCUGUGCUGUGGGAAUGGGCCUGGGCGCCAUCUUCCUCGCCAUGGUGGGACCUGCCAAGUCCGGCCUCUGCCACCGCGGGAAGACGAGAAAACAGAAGGAGGAGAAAGAAGGAGAGGAGGAGGAGAGGAGAGGAGGAGAGGAGGAGGAGAGGAGAGGUGGAGAGGAGGAGGAGAAGGUUUCUCAGGACAGUGGAUCAACAGAUUAUCUAGACGUUGAUGUGGUUAUGGAGACCAGUCCGGCUAAAUGGUCCCUAAAACAGGAGACCAACGCGGUCUGAACAUGGUUGAAUAGCUAAGACAGAACCACAACCAGGUCUCCUUUGGAAAACAAGUAUUCUGAACUCAAUGGGACUACCUGGUUAAAUAAAGGUUAAAUAAAUAAAAAUACAUGACAUUGUUUUGCCGACCAGCGCCAAACUGACCGACCAAGGAGGACCUUGACCACUAGAUACUCACAGGUGGUUAAAAUGGAGAAGAAACGCCAAACAAAGUAGCAAAUAAGAGAACACACACUGUCAACAUGUUACUGAGAGACUGAGUGCUGGACAAACACCUCUGUGCUACAGAAUGUACACACACACAGCUUUGACCUGUUUGCCCUCUCAGAUGUCAUACGCAUACACUUGCAUUGCAGCGGAAAACUGUCUUAGGUGUAUUCCUAAUGACCAAGUCUCUCUCCUCAGAGAGUCAACCAAACUACAUGCAUGGCUGAGACACAGGCUUUUACCAUUAUUACUGCUCUGUCAGUAGUUAUAACCAUGAUGUGACCUCUCUGUUCAUAGUUAUAACCAUGAUAUGACCUCUGUUCAGUUAUAACCAUGAUAUGACCUCUCUGUUCAUAGUUAUAACCAUGAUAUGACCUUUCUGUUCAUAGUUAUAACCAUGAUAUGACCGCUCUGUUCAGUUGUAACCAUGAUAUGACCUCUGUCUUUAUAUUGAUUACUAUUAUUAUGGUUGUAUCUGAAUGACAGUACUGUUAUCCCAACACAAUACUACCACAGUAUUCUACACAGCCUGUACACAAUGUUUUUCUCAACAGUCUACUUCAUGUACCUAUGUAAUGUAUAAAUGUAAUAUACAUUUACCAAAUAAGGCUAUAGGUGAAACUAAGAUUUAUGGAUUACAGUGUGAAUUACUAGUUGUUUCAGUUAUGUGGAUCACUACUUUACUUGUCAAUCAAUCAAACAAAGCUUUUAUUUAUAUUGUGUUAACUUUUUUAAAUUAUAAAAAUGCAUUUGACGAAGUGCUUGCAGCAAGUAAAGUUGACAGUGACAAGACAAAACAUCCUAGGUAGGUAGUGGUGGAGAUUUGACUACAAAAUAGUUGAUUCCUCGACUCCUUCAUCAUCGACUCCAAAACAUCCUGGAGUCUCUCACCACUAUAUCGAUCUUCCUCAGACUGGCCUAGAUGCCCUACUCCAAGACCUCACUCAGACCUCCUCUAACACCAGAUAGCAGAUCAAUGACUAUGACCGCACUAUGACUUCUGCUGUUAUAAACACAUUUAUCAGUCAACUAUAUUUAUUAUUAUUGAUUACUUUCUUCUUUAGUUUUUAAUUUUUUCAUGGAGAGAAAUGUAAAGCCCGUCUAUGCUGUAACACUCACUGCUGAUCAUGUUUUUCAAUUGAUUAAAUGUAUUUUGUUUAUAACAAAUGAA